AUGGAGAGGGUCAUAGUGGCACAUAUCUGCUGCUUAAGAAAAGUUGACCCUUGGCAUCAUUGGCGAUGGGUUGCUGAGAAACUGGGUCCUGAGGUUGCAGGGAGAGAACUUGACUGUACUUGGCGAGUACUAUCACUUGAUGCCAAACAUUAUCUUGCUUGGUCACAUAGGCAGUGGGCACUACGUGCAUUAGGAGGAUGGGAAGAUGAGCUUGAUUACUGUCACGAGCUCCUUGAAGCUGACGUCUUUAACAAUUCCGCAUGGAAUCAGAGGUACUACGUCAUUACUCAAUCUCCUUUGUUGGGAGGCUUAGAAGCUAUGAGGGAAUCUGAAGUAAGCUACACAAUCAAAGCCAUUUUAGCCAAUCCCGCAAACGAGAGCUCAUGGCGAUACCUGAAAGGUCUUUACAAAGACGACAAAGAAUCCUGGAUUAGUGAUCCAAGUGUUUCCUCAGUCUGUUUGAAUGUUCUCUCCCGCACGGAUUGCUUCCAUGGAUUCGCUCUUAGCACCCUUUUGGAUCUUCUUUGCGACGGAUUAAGACCAACCAACAAGCAUAGAGACUCAGUGAGAGCUCUAGCUAAUGAAGAACCAUAUACUAACUUGGCAAAUUUGGUGUGUACCAUUCUUGGUCGUGUAGAUCCUAUAAGAGCUAACUAUUGGGCAUGGAGGAAGAGCAAGAUUACAGUGGCAGCAAUGUAACUGACGAGUGACGACCCAAAAUCACACUUGGGAACAAAAUUUGAUUUUUAUUUUUUCGUAUGUACUGCUUCUGUAUGAAUCACAUGAACAUGUUUUCAUAUAUCAAAUACAAUCUUGAAUUCUCUUCUUU